AUUCAAUUAUCGGCACACAUCAAAUUAAACCUCCACGAAAUUUGUUAAUUGUUACCAUCAUUAAAUUGUUUACCUCUCUAAACAUACAAACUACACAUCAUACAUUUACCCUUUCGUUGAUAAUGGUUAAUAUGUUUCUCUUAACUUUUUCUUACGUUAUAAUUGUUGACGUAAUUAAACAAUUUCCCAAAAUUUGUUGACCAUAUUCAAUAAGAAUUGUUUUGUAUGUUAUCAAAUAGAAACAAUAAUCAACAAUUAACAGCAAUCAUCAAGUUAAUUCGGUUUUACCUUAACAAUCAACAAAAAAGAGAGGGAUAAUUGACUAACCCAAUGAGCUCCACCACUGAAUAUGUAACAAUAAUAAUUAGAGAAAAGAAAAUGAAUUUCCCUCUCCCUCUCUCUCUCACUUGAUUUAAUUAAUUUCGAUCACAUAUAUAAAUAUAACUCUUCUUGAUUGUUACUUAUUGUAAACUUGGUACCAACUGAUCACCAAAAAAUUCUUACUUUUAAUUAGUAGUCACUAAUUAGAAUUUCAAAUAACCGUUUAAAGAAAACGUAACCGUGAAUAGUGAUUACCCUUUUUGUUUUAUUCUGUUUGGUGUUUUGCUUUUUUUAAUUGUUAUCGAUUCAUUUCAUUGGAUUUAUCAACUUUCAUUUUUCUUCUUUUUUCCCUUAAUUGUGAUUUUCGUUAACUGAUUAUUUCAACAGUUCUAAAGUUAAACUUAUCGGUGUAACAACAAAUCGUCAAAAUUGGUUACGUUUUUUGGAUUUUCUUUUACCUUUACUUGUUUGCUCUUCUUCCCUUCGUUACUCUGUUGAUCGUUUUGGUUUGGCGAUUGAAAACUUGUUCGUUAUUCAAUUAAAUUAUGAUCUUUGUUGGAAUUUGUUUGUUAAUUGCCUUUGCUGGUCAAUCAGCGGGUCAAUCAUGUCACUUACGAGAAUUGGAUUUAUGUGCUGCUACUUUACUUGUCUUUACUCAGAAUCCUUCAGGAAUUGCUACUAACGAUGCUGAAUUGAAUAAACAAUGUGGAUACCUAAAGGAAGCAGAUCAAUGUUUGAAAAAUUUUACUCGUAAAUGUACAACUUCACUUCAACGGGAAUUGAUCUCCUUUGUCACUGAGGGAAGUGUUCGUUUACUGACUGAAUAUUGUACCACUGGAAGCCAACUAAGAACUAGUUAUCUUAAGCACGCUGAUUGUUUGAAUCAGGCCACUCAGAGCAAUCAGAAAACAUGCAUCAGGGAUUUACAAUCGGCUUUGGAAACAGUUACACAAGUUGAAUGGGAUCAACGUAUUCCUGCCGGUUGUUGUGCUUAUCGACGAUUCCAAGAUUGUACCGAAUCUCAAGUCGAAGCUAAAUGUGGUAAAGAGGCUGUUGAAUUUAUGGACAUUUUACUUCGAAUGGCUUUAUCUCGAUUACCCGAUAUUGUGUGCCCAUCUUAUAAUCCGCAAACAGAAGAGUGUAAAGCUUUGCUACCCGAAUCUGGAGCUACACCCAAAGGAGCCAAAAGUAACAGUGUCCUCUCAAGGCUCUUUUCCGCCUACACUGGACUUUGAUGAUAAUUGUACAUGGAAAACUAUUAAACUCACCCAAUGGCCGACUCAAAGCUCAUUUAUUGGGAUCUACUACACCUACAUCUACUAGAGGUGUAUCUCACCUCUUCGUUGCAAACAAAUGCAACACUCGAAUUGGUACUUAUUGUUUUGUGCUUAAAGUGUACAGAAACGAUCUGAUUGUGAUUCGUUUACAUAAAUAUGAUAUUCAACCUUGCAACAGUUACUAUUAUUAAUCUUGUGAAAAAAAGAAAGUUUCAUUCAUCUAAUCAAUUUCAUCUCCAAUUUACUAUUAAUAAAUUUCAUUUGUAGAAGUAUCUAAUUUUUUAAUCCAUAAAUUCAUUGCAA